AUGUCAGGGGUAAAGCUUUGUGACGAAUGGAAUAUCCUAGUUUCAGACCCUCAAAAGCAACGUGGCGUUAGGUCCUCAGCAUCUUCUUCAUCAUUUGUUACAUAUCAAAUCUCAUUGAAAGCAAUAGGUUCUAAGGCUACGGGGAGUGAUAGCGAUGAUAAUAUCACUGUUGUAUAUAGACGGUACAGUGAUUUUGUCCUUUUACACCAGGUAUUGGUAAGUGAUCAUACCGCAUGCAUUGUUCCACCUUUGCCGGACAAAAAGGUGUUGAAUUACAUUGCAGGUGAUCGGUUUAGUCAAGCUUUUACUCAGAAACGUUGUCAUAGUCUGCAAAACUUUCUCCAGAGAUUAGGCCAGCACCCUAAAUUAUCUCAAUCGAAGAUAUUUUACAUAUUUUUGACGAGUCCUGAUUGGGAUACCUAUCGUAGGAAUUUGGCAGGUGUCGGCAGUACCAGUAAUAAGGAAGAAGUAAGUGAGGUUAUUAUGAAUGCUUUUAAAUCUGUGCAUAACCAAAGUGACGAAUUUGCCGAGAUCAAGGAACGUAGUGAUAAACUUGACCACAAUGUCACGAAAAUAGAUAAGCUGUUCCAUCGCGUUGUGAAGAAGCAGGAAAGCAUCGCGGAAGACUACAGCAGAUUAGGAAACAGCUUGCUGGCUCUACAGGAACUUUCUCUUUCUCCUUCGGAAGCCAAUGGCUACAAUCCAAACGCCCUGGGGGAGAAGAUCAAGAUCUUUAACGAGGGAAUGAGUCAGAUGUCUUAUAGUCUUCGCGACUUGAGCAAAUACAUAGAGUACGAGUAUAUUGUUGACUUGAGGGAUAUGGAGCAUUAUAUUGAUUCGGUAAAACAAAUGAUUAAGCUAAAGGACCAAAAACAAAUUGACUAUGAAGAGCUAAGCGAGUACCUAGCAAGAUCAGUAAAUGAAAAGAACAACCUUAUUUCGGGGUAUGGAAGUGGUAGUAACUUUUUCAAGAGUAAGCUUGAGGAGCUUGCUGGCAUAAAUCAAGAGGCUGCCCGCAGGGAAAAGAUCUAUAAGUUGGAAUCAAAGGUGCAAUCCCUUACACUAGAGGUCUCUAGGGCAAAAGUUGUCGCCGAUGCAUUUGAAAAGGAGGCCCUUAAGGAGGUCGAUGUUUUCGAACAAAUAAAAACUCGGGAAUUAAAGAAAUCAUUAACAAUGCUGGCGGAUCAUCAUAUUGGGUUUUAUGAGAAGAUGGUUAACACUUGGUCUAAAAUAGAAGAAGCAUUAUGA